AUGGCCGAGCAUUCCAGGUUCAGUGGGAGCCGUAAGGCAUUCCCUAAUCCCCAACUGUGUGAGCCUCUAAGACUGGUGGUUGCUGGAUACCUAAGCCUUCAGCAAGGGAAGCUGAGGCUGGGCUUUGGUAGAGGCCGAGGCCUUGAAGCUUCAUCAAGGGAGCCUUGGGGAGCGUUUCGUGAGCCCUUCUUUUUUUUUUGCAUAGCUCUUGCCAUUUUGCCCUUGAGGCCUUUAGUAAAGUUGGCAUGGUCCUUGCCGUUUGGCAAGGGACCAAGCUGGGCCUGGGCGGCAAAGCUUAGGAAGAACAAGAAUUUCGGGGUUUGGCCUCUGGGGCAUGUCGGCAAGGAAAAAGUUUUCGAGGUCCUCCCUCUACCCAGCAUAGUUGUCGAUCGGUACCCCUCGAAAAUUACUUCCCCCUUGUUGUUCGGCAAGGGUGUUUUGGGAAGAAUAUUAGGAGAGCUCCUUGCUCGUUCUUCGCAACGAAUUGGGAAGUUGGGAGGCAGCUUGCCUAAGCUCGUGAAUCUGUUGCUCUACUCAUACCUUUCGGCAAGGCGGUUUGGUAGGAGAUUUCGUUCGUCCCCAGCUUCAGCAAGGCUAGGUUCGGCAAGGGGCCGUGUGUUGAAGGUCCGGGUCGGAGUGAGUUUGAGAGGAGUUCGUGAGGUGCAGCAAGGGGCCAAGCAUAAGCCUACUGAUUGGUAA